GUUGCAGUUACACGUGUUGUGUGAAAGUUUUUUCAAUCACACAACACCUUUAUAUAAAAAUAAACAAAAAAAUUAUAAAAAUAUAAAAAAAGACAAAAAAAUCGUCAAAACCUGUUAACAGGAACAUCUGAUCGGACGAAAGGGCCCUCAAAAAAAGGAAAAAAGAAGCACUGAAAAUCGUAGGAAAAUUCAGCGACGCCAUUUUUGUUGAAAAUUUUCUGUUUGGACUUUCACUAAAUUGUAAAGUUAGAGUUGCAAAAUGAAUCCCCAGGCUCAACCAGCGUAUCCUAUGGCGUCUCUGUACGUAGGGGACUUGAAUCCAGAUGUGACGGAAGCCAUGUUGUUCGAGAAAUUUUCCACUGCUGGCCCAGUACUGUCCAUUCGAGUUUGCCGUGACAUGAUCACAAGAAGAUCGCUCGGAUAUGCGUAUGUCAACUUCCAACAGCCAGCAGAUGCUGAAAGAGCACUUGACACAAUGAAUUUUGAUACUAUCAAAGGCCGUCCCAUUCGUAUUAUGUGGUCCCAGAGAGAUCCAUCCCUGAGAAAAUCUGGAGUGGGAAAUGUGUUCAUCAAGAACUUGGAUAAAACCAUCGACAACAAGGCUAUGUACGACACAUUUUCUGCCUUUGGAAACAUCUUGUCGUGCAAGAUCGUUUGUGAUCAAAAUGGAUCAAGAGGUUAUGGCUUUGUGCACUUUGAAACAGCUGAGGCAGCCAACAGUGCCAUAGAAAAGGUGAACAACAUGUUGUUGAAUGGCAAGAAGGUGUUUGUAGGACGCUUCAUGUCUCGCAAAGAGCGUAUCGAACAGAUGGGUGACAAAGCAAAGAGGUUCACAAAUGUCUACAUCAAGAACCUCCCAGAAGACACAACAGAUGAAAAACUGGAUGAGUUGUGCAGUCCAUUUGGGUGCAUUGUGUCUGCUAAAGUGAUGACUGAUGAUUCUUCAGGCCGUGCGAAAGGUUUUGGAUUUGUCAGUUAUGAGAAUGCUGAGGAUGCUGAGAAGUGUUGUGAUGACCUCAAUGAGAAGGAAAUGAAUGGGAAGAAACUAUAUGUUGGUCGAGCUCAAAAGAAAUCUGAGCGCCAGUCAGAGCUUAAGGACAAAUUCGAGAAGCUAAAGAUCGAGCGUCUGAAUAGGUUCCAGGGUGUCAACCUCUACGUGAAGAACCUGGAUGAGAACAUUGAUGAUGAAAGACUACGUAAAGAGUUUUCCCAGUUUGGUACCAUCACAAGUGCAAGGGUGAUGAAUGACAACACUGGAAGGUCCAAGGGCUUUGGCUUUGUCUGCUUCAGUUCACCAGAAGAGGCUACACGUGCUGUUACUGAAAUGAAUGGCCGUAUUGUUGUUGCCAAGCCACUGUAUGUAGCUCUGGCCCAGCGCAAGGAAGAUCGUAAAGCCCAUCUUGCAUCUCAGUACAUGCAGCGUAUGUCUGGUAUGAGAGGGGGCGGUGGAAGUUCAGGAGCUGCCGUUGCUGGUCAGGCUCCAGUGUUUGCUGCUGGCCAGAGUGGAGGCUACUUCGUCCCAACCAUGCCCCAGGCACAAAGAGGGUUCUUCCCUCAGGGACAGAUGCAGGCUGUGAGACCAACACCCCGCUGGCAACAGCCCAACCAGAUGCGACAAGCUACCCCUGCUGGAUACUCCGCUGUUGCAGCUGGAACAGCUGGUCAAAUCAGAGCACCAGCAGCUGCUGCCGCCGCUAGCGCUACCACCAGACCAGCAGGCCCUGCUAGGCCAAUCGUUGGUAUGCCGGCUGGAGUACCCCGACCAACCAUGCCCCAGAACGCCCCAGCAGCCAGACAGCCACUCAAGUACAGAGAUGUCAUGCGUAACCCUCCCACUCAACAACAGAUCCCAGCUCAACAGCAGCAACAGGUUGCUCAACAAGCUGUGUUGGUCCAUGGUCAAGAGCCACUUACCGCCUCCAUGUUAGCUGCAGCUCCUCCACAGGAGCAGAAACAGAUGCUAGGAGAGAGACUCUUCCCCAUCAUCCAGAGCAUGUUCCCAGAGCUAUCUGGCAAGAUCACUGGCAUGUUGCUAGAGAUAGAUAACUCAGAGUUGCUCCACAUGUUGGAGUCCAGGGAAUCACUGAAAUCAAAGGUGGAGGAAGCUGUUGCUGUAUUGAAAGCCCACCAGACCAAGGCUCCAGCUGGUGCCAAGAAAGAAUAGACACUCGCAACUAUGAAUGAACUAUACAAAAAAAAGAGAAAAAAAACAUUAAGUAAAAGACAUACAGAAAAAAAUCGUAAAUUGCAACUACAAUUAACAAAGAUGGUGCUGAGGUCAGUAUGACAGCAACAGUGUGUGUAGUUAAAAGAGAGAUAAGGGUUGUACAGGAACGGUUCUUCUAACUUGUAGUAUUCUAGAGCAAUUGCAGCAAAACGAUGAUGAUGAUGAUGAAGCAGAUACUUUGUGUGUUUGCAAGUGCUACAGACAUGUUGGUUUCAUGUUAUAUCCUAGCUGCCAUUGCUUUGGGAGACUGUCACCCUUAUCUAAAUGUGUUGGCUAUUGUUGUUGUCAUUAUUGACUUAGCUGUAUGAUUGAACUCUUACUAAUUCAAUUGCUGCUACAAUUGUAGAAAAAAUCAAAACGGAUCUUUGUAGUAUAUGUCAGCGAAAAUCAGUAUAUAUUAGAUUUGGAGAUUCAAGUUUGAUGUUACUUGAAAAUGAUGGCAUACACUACAAAGAAAUGUACCAUAAAAAUAGUAAAACAAAAAAUCCUAAAAAUAGUGCUAAAGUACCAUUGGCUCCUUUGAGGAUAUUGCUAUUAUUUGGGGAAGGAUAUUUGUACAUGGAUUGAUCUGCAUUUGACUGAUGAAGCAUGAGGACAAGCAAUACAUGUUGGGCAUUCAGACAUGUGGGGGAGGGACUUCAAUUAGGCCAGAUACAUAACAAUACGAAAAAGCAAUCUCAAAACUAUAAAUAUCUUGGUUUUGUAUGUGGCCUACUAAACUAGCAUUCAUACUGGAGAUUUGAUUGCCAUGUAGGAUAGUUGAUAUUGGGAAAGGUCUUCAUUCAGUCAUAUGCAGAACAGUACCCCCACGUCAAUGUUGUGUAUAUGGCUACAUACUGGAGAAAAUUCAAAUGUGAUGUUUGUUCAAAGUCUGAUGUAGGCCUGGACACACUGGGGGAGGUACAACUGGGGGGAGGGAUUAGCCACAUACACAAUAUAUCUGGUUUAUUCAGUGGUUCAGGUGGAAGAGGAGGAAGAAGAAGAAGAAUUACAGUAUUUUACUGAUUCAUGACUCAAUUUAUCUGUGGGUCUAACAUGCUGGAUAUUCAUCUCUAUUAUGAUUUUAGUUUGGUGGUUCAUAUACUUGUAUGAGUUGUUAACACUUGACCUUCUCAGCAGUGUCGGCAGUCAAGGAUGUUCUAUAGGGCUGGUCCAAACGAAAGCUCCCACCAAAUAUUGAUAAGUGUACUCUUACAUGGGUCGGAGUUGCAUCUUAAACUUAAACGUAUUGAUGAUAUUUAUGUUGACUUAUGUGAUUAAAAUUCAGCACAUCAUGUGAUGUGAUGUUGAUUAUGAAGCUCCUAGCAUGGGCAGGAGUAAUACGACUCUAUUGAGGAAUAAGAUAAGGUAUUGUUGUCGUGAAGCAUGCUCUUGUCGUGCGUUUUCUCGAUCUGUUUUGAACUUGUUGGAUAUGGGCAAUGAUUAUCUCAGAAUCUACAUAUUUUGAUUAAUUACCAUUGUUGUAUGAGGGUUAGGUUAAUCUCUUAUCUGUUAUGUCAUCUAUAAUGACGGUCUUGCUGAUGGCCUUGAACCAAGCUAGCAUGUAAGACCCCCAGGAAUGAGGCAAUUCUAUGGUCCUGCCCACAGCAGCUAGCCAGAGCAGGAGCUAGGACUGAUCCCCCUGGAGCAAGAUUGGCAUGCCAUACAAUUUAUGUUCAUGUAACACUUGUGUGUAUGUGGACCUAAAUGUUGUGACAUCAUUGGGAUUGUUGUCAUACUUGAUUUUGUGUAUUUUUGGUUUCACUUCUUAGUCAACUGUAUUGAGUGCCGUUUCAUCGUUAUCUGAAUUGUGAUAAAAUGUUGAUCAGGUUUGAGAAAUGGUCAGUCUCUUCUCUUUCAUUCAAUAUUG